AUGUACGAGUCUAAUGAACUAACAAUUGCCGCACCGUAUGCGUCCAUCACUCACUCACAGUCAAUCAACCACAGGAUAUUGCUGCAGCAUAUGGUUAGCAGUGAUUUUCCAACAUCAGACGAACCGGCGUGUGCGAAGCGAAAUCACAUUUCACAUUGUGGUGCGGUUGAAGCAGAAUCUAGUGCUAGCACAGGGGGCCCAGUUUGCAAUAUCACCAGUUGUGGCAUCCAGCAAAACCAUCCGAUCGAUGGCCAUAAAUCUCUACCGCUGGAGACCAGUACGUCCCAGCUGAGUGCGUACGUGGCCGCGGCAUCAACCUCCAGCGCAGGCGGCAGUCAUCGGCAUCAGCAGCUACAGCAGCAUCAGCAACCGGCCGGUAGCGCCACUGUUCCCCAAUCGACCGGUGUGGGCAUCGGAUCUUCAGGGAAAUGGGAGGAACCGUACUUCGAUGAUACUACGCCACGCAACGUUACCGCUCUGGUCGGCAAAUCGGCGUAUCUCAGCUGCCGGGUGAAGAACCUGGGCAAUAAAACGGUAUCCUGGAUACGGCAUCGUGAUAUCCAUAUUUUAACGGUCGGAAGCUACACGUACACUUCGGACCAGCGCUUCCAAGCGACGCAUCACAAAAACACGGAUGACUGGACGCUGCAGAUCAAGUGGGCCCAGAAGCGGGACGCAGGCAUCUACGAGUGUCAGAUCUCGACACAACCGGUGCGCAGCUAUUUCGUCACGCUGAGCGUUGUCGUCCCCACGGCGACCAUCAUUGGUGGUCCGGAUUUACACGUCGACAAGGGCAGCACCAUCAAUUUGACCUGUGCCGUCAAGUACAGCCCGGAACCACCGGCAUACAUUUUCUGGUACCACCACGACGAGGUCAUCAGUUACGACUCGAGCCGCGGUGGCGUGUCUGUUAUUACCGAGAAGGGAGAUGUAACCACAUCCCACCUGCUAAUCCAGAAUGCUGACUUGGACGAUUCCGGCAAAUACAGCUGUUCGCCGUCCAAUGCAGAUGUGGCCAGCGUGCGGGUUCACGUGUUGAACGGCGAACAUCCAGAGGCAAUGCAAACUGGAGCCGCUUCUCAACUUGGCAAGCGGCAAGGUUUCCCAUUUCUGCUGGUGAUCUCCUUCGGAACCAUACUCACCAGUUGGCUGCUUCUGAUCCGAUGGCAGAUGAAUGGUAUUCGAUUGGCAAUUUCGCCCUGUUGGUCACGACGGUUCACAAGCGAUGAGUGGAAAUCCCCCAACAGCCAUUUGUCUCGGCAGUUCGAUGGUACACCGGUUCGACAACGAAAAAAACAAUCCUCAACGCAGCCAUCGCCACCAUUGAUGGCGGCUAGUGCUGAGUUGAAUGUCGAAAGCACCUAUCCCGCCAGUCGUCAGUGGAGUGGUAGAUGAUAGAACAUCGCCAUUGGAAGCUAUAGUAACAUAGCCGGAGAGCCUAGUCAGCAGACAGCCACCCACAUAGCACCACCCCACCAGGAAUCAACAUCACCAUCGAUGUGGCAUCCCUCGGAACGAAGAAAGCAUCAAGACGAGUUGUAAAAAAAAUGUAGACAAAAUUACACAAGCGUUGUGCAAUCUGAGAAAAUUCCUCUUCGCAAAACCGCAUUUAGCAAAAAAAAUUGUGCAAUCUCAGGAUGACAUUUUUAUGCAAGUCAAGUGUAAAGUGUUCCGUUCAACAUUAAGAUUUGAUGAAAAUUUCCACCUUUUCUUCGGCUAAAAUUUAUUUGAAAGUUAAACAGGUUCAAAACUUGUCGUAGAUUGCAUAAAAAUGCUAUUCCUGCUAGGCAUGAUAACCGCACACUAAACCGUACUUGAUUACUCUGUGAAACACAGAAGAGGGAAUACGAGAAAGAAAAAUCUGUUUUCGUUUUUCAUUGCCUUUUCCAUCGGAAAAAAGAACCGAAUGGAAAUAAAAUACAUAGACGAAGCAUGAAAGUAACAAAUAUCCGUAGGUAUCAUUCCUCUGUUGGAUUACUGACGGGGGCCGAGAGUAAAAAAGGAUUGAACAAGUUUGUAAAAAGUGCAUUCCAAAAUGAAAGUUAAGAGAAAAUAAGAGCAAAGGACAUUUUUUUAUUUCGCAUAUCUUUUGCUGAUGAGUUUGCAACAAGGCCAGUGAAAGACUGCAUCGUAUAAACAAUUUCAUUCAGUUCUUUACGUUUGUUAGGUUUAAUUACAGAAACAGUCCAGAGCGGAACAAUUUUAGUGGUGUCAGCUUAUAGCUGAUAUCCUCCCGCAUUGAGCUAUCACCUUUUCGGACGAAAAUCAAUUCAACAGUAACAUUUCACUUGCUGAACGAUAGUGAACUAAAUUGAUCAUGUAAGAAAAUUGAAAGGUGAUGAUGGUGGAUAUAAGAUGGAAUGUCGGGCCAUGGUUGGACUAUCGUCGGACCAAUAUCGGGUAAUGACCAACUGACUAAUUUCGUACCAACGUAGGACAAUACCAUCAUAGAGCUUAAUGAUGGGAAAACUAUGUUUAUUGAGGCACUUCUUUUUAAAUGUUUAUGGUCUUAACCGUAACAAAAAGUGGGUUUUGUAGCCACAGGAAUAGAUUUCUUGUCAAAUCAUAUUUUUUUCGCAAAAUUUUUCUCGAAAACGAAUUCGAAUCUUCUAGGAACAUUACCGUGGGUCCCGCCUUGUAGAAUUUCAGCCCAGGGAUUUGCUUGAAAUUCUCAUAUAUUUCGUCCUCGAUCAAGUCACAUCCAUCGAAUUUCAUCAGCACUUGGUCGUACAGCCUACGAGGCAGUGAGCUGAACGCUAUUUGUUAUUUGAGGUUGGAUUGUUUACUUGCUUGGUAACUUGUGUACAGUGCAGCAUUCAUUUUUUUCGUGAAAUCAUAAUUCGCCUUGAUUUUUCGAAUGACCUUUGAAUGCAUUUGACAGUAAACGGUUCGAAUCCGACACUCGGGUUGCACUUUUCUCCUUCUGCAUGAGAAAUAUCUCGGAACUACUCUGAAAUAAAUAGACCGAGCGGAACUGUUAACGAACAACAAAAUACUUUAAAAAAGCUUUCAUAUUCGACAACUGGGAGCGCUGUUAUCGCUUCUAGAACUCAAUAUUUGCUGGUCAUCACGAUGACACCAUUGAGCAAUUUUGCAAACAUAACUGCAUAUAUAUCGAAUGCACCAAAGAUCAAUAGGUGACUUCCUUGUGUGAAACCCAUAGACAACUUAUCUAAAAUUGAGCCGACCCUACGUCGAAAAGGAUCGGAUAACAAUCAACUGGCCAGCGACUGGGAAACACAACAUGCUGGCCUUCAACGUCAACAUCUACUUGGACUUGUGCUAGUUUUCCUCUUAUUGCUUCUUUUGGUGUAUUUCUGAAAAUACCAACUCGGAAAGGGAAGGCCAUCUCCGCUUCGAGGGGUUGGCUGGAAUUUUCUUAAUCUGCAUUUCAUGAAACGAGGAAUUUACUUCAAUUAGUGACAGCAAAGAAUAUAAAUUUCAAGGUUCCUAGUAGACCAUCUGAAAAUCAUAACAAAAAGUCUACUGACUGACGGCAUUUGUUUGGGCAAAUGGUAGCUGGUAUUCCCGUAUCUUCUCAGUUUGGCAUCAAAUUAGCAGUCAUGCAAGUAAUCAAUAUUGGUACAUUACUGUGCACUAGAGUGACAAGAAAAAAAUGACCCCUAUCGGCCCACCCCUCAGUCGAUUCCUAGUCCCACCAGGAGUACUUGUUUAUUUGUUGUACCGUCACCAACAGACCCCUUGGCCCCAAUGGUGGUUACUUAAACUAAUUACAUUUCAGAAUACGCAUUAUUUUAGUUUUUAUCGAAUUCCUUGUCAGGUUGAAGUCAAACGCCGUCACCACACUGUUAAACACACGCUGGAGUCCGGUAAUAGCGCUCUGGCGCACAUAGUUAGUUCUCCUGAACGGGACUCGCAGAAGAAAGUUAUUGCGCAGAGCUCGAACGCGAGCUUGAAGAUCGAGGCGUCCGAGGAUUGUAGGGCAAUCCACCCUGGCAGACAGUAAGUCCGAGACGAACAGGGCUCGAGAGCAGUCCCUCCGGAUGCUUAGAGUAUCGAGCUGUAUUAACUGACAACGGUUUUCGUAGCUCGGCAGCUGAAAUCUGUUUUGCCAAGGAAGAUGUCGGAGUGCAAAGCGUAUGAACCGGCGUUGGACGGCCUCGAUUCUGUCGACACCGUUCUGGUAGUAAGGGUUCCAAACAGCAGAACAAUAUUCCAGUGUUGAGCGAACCAGCGCACAAUAGAGAGAUUUUAAACAGUAUACGUCCUUAAAGUUUUUCGCUAUUCGGAAGAUGAACCCAAGCUGUCUUGAAGCCUUAUCCACAAUGGAUGAUGUAUGUGGUUUGAACGUUAGUGCCGAAUCCAUGAUGACUCCGAGAUCCUUGACGUUAGAGUGUCUUGGAAUACUCGAGUCGAAGAGAUGGUAGUUAAACUGAAUCGGAUGGCGUUUCCGCGUGAACGUAACGAUUGAGCAUUUGCUCGGGUUUAAAACCAUUCUGUUUAGAUUACACCACGUACUAAAGCUGUCCAGUUCCCUCUGAAGAAGCUCGGCAUCGGUUUUAUCCCGUAUUUGUUGUAAAAUUUUCAUGUCGUCGGCAAAAGAAAGGCGGGGUCCUUGUAAUUUGAUGUUGACGUCAUGAAAGUAGAGGAGGAAUAUCACUGGACCGAGAUGGCUUUCUUGUGGGAUGCCGGAUGUAACGAAGAAUGGUGUAGAUAGACAGUCCUUAAUGCUGAUUUGGGGUUGCCUUCCAUCGAGGUAGGAACGAAACCAGCGCAGUAGUUGUCCAUGAAUACCGAGUUUGCCCAGCUUCGCUAUUGCGAUAUCAUGAUUGAUUUUGUCGAAGGCCGCAGAUAAAUCCAUGUAAAUAGCAUCGGUUUGCAAUCCGUCAGCGAAUCCAUCGAGUACAUAUGUUGUGAACGAGAGCAGGUUAGUCGUUGUCGAUCGUUUAGGCAUAAAUCCGUGUUGAUCGUCUGCAAUGUAGUGUUUGCAGUGAAAGAAAAGAGGGUCUAAGACAACCAGCUCGAAUACUUUUGAUACUGCACUUAAACACGAGAUUCGCCGAUAAAUGUCAAUGUUCGAUUUGUUUCCUUUUUUGUAAACUGGAAACAUGUGCGCUGCUUUCCAGCAGGAAGGGAAUGUUCCAGUAUUGAGUGAUAGCACAAAGACUCGCCGAAGUGGUUCAAGAAGCCCGCUGAUGCACUUUUUUGACAAAAAUCGAGGGAACGCCAUCUGGGCCCGGGGAACUAGAUGCUUUCAGCUUGGAAUUUGCUGCAAGAAUGGCAGCGUUAUCGACACAAAUUCGGUUGAUGGUUCGUCCAAGAGAAGGAGUUAGAUUUGAAGCGGCAGCGACUUGUUGUGGGGAAAGGUUCUCGUCGGAAAAAACGCUUGAAAAUUUGUCGGAAAAGAAUUGGCAAAUUUCCCUAGUGUCGGUGCCUAAAACUCCAUUUAAUGACAUACAAGAUGGUAACCCGGAUUCUUUUCGCUGCUCGUUCACAUAUUUCCAAAACGACUUGGGCUUGGAUUUCAGUUGACGUUCGACGUUUCGCUGGUAUCUAAAAAAGUACUUGCUCCAAAUUUGAAGUAAAUCGGUCUAGCUACCAGACCAACGUGAAGUUUGUAUGGGAUUUUUCGACAAUUUGCAUGGAGAAAAAGCACUAGCUCACAUAUUCGCCGCUAGCUGGCACUGUAUACAUUGUAUUAUUACUAUAAGUGAAAACAAGAAAGGUAAUUUAAUUGUCUACAAGUUUGGCGAAGACUGCUAGUCUAUCCGACUUUGUUAAAAGAGGUUACUAAACUUUUAACGAAGCGAUGUCCGAGUCAAUUUUGCAUGGGGCCUAGCAGUGCAUGAUUGUGUAUCGGUACUCGAUUCCCACUAACUAACUGUCGCUAACACUAACUUUUCAAAGGAGAGAGGUAAGAAAUUUAUGUCUUCUUCAAAGUUGUAGAACAAACAUUUUUCAGUAAUUCUUCCGAAUAUCUCGAUAUUCUAUCUCUCUUCUAUAAAAAGUUAGUGUUGGCGCCCUCUACUCGGUCACAGGUGAAACAAAAAGGUAUUCAAUACCUUAGUUGUCACGUAAAGUUUGUUUAACAUUGCUCUCAGAACGAAAUUUAAAAUUACUCAAAUUUAUCGAUAUGAUCGGUACAAUUCGUUUCGAUUGCAGUACUGUAAAACAGUCGAAACGCUGAGCUCACGUUGCAGCGACACGUAAUAUGCCUUAGCAUUCCUCAUUUGUCCAAAAACUGAGGUGUAUUUAGCAAGGAGAAUUGCUUGUGUGAGGCAUCAUACAAGAAUAUUUAUAAAAAUAUUUACGCUAACAAAUGUGCGAAUUUCUUCAUAUAUCCUCAAAUGCAGGCACAUUUGCCGUGACUGAUUUAAUCGAAUGUAGAGUAAAGCCAGAGUUGAUAUGUCUAAACACUUCCAAUUGGGCAUUUUCAAACUAUUUUUUGGGAUGUCAUGAACGUUUGUCUUCGGUUUAAAUUUUUUUCGAUAGGGCGGAUGCAAUACAAAACAACAUUAGGGGCCAUUCAUAUACCACGUGGACCAAAAAACCUUCGUUUUUGACCCCCUCCUCCCCCUAAGUGGACAAUUGAUAUACCCCUACCCCCCUCCACGCAAUGUCCACGUGAACUUUCACGAUGUUUUUAUCAAGUAAUAUAAAAAGGGUUUCCAAUUUCAGAUAUUCGUAUUGUGUUGAACCAUGUAAAAUCAACAACAUGAUUUAUAAUAAUUCUAAAGUAUUUGUUGAAAACGAUAUACAAGAUUGUAGCAAGUGUUUCUGGAAGCAACAUUUUGUUCGGUUUUGAUAUCCACUGAUUUUGUGGCAUGCACAUGCUAUGCUGUUGGGAGCUCUUUAAAUGUUGCACAGUUUUGGGAUGAUUUGAAGGAAAACAUCAAACACUUAUGCCAAUGAUGCCAAUUUGUUUUACGACCUCGUUACGAAAAAAUAUAAGUAUGUGUCCAUGUGGACUAUUUCUGUACCCCUACCCCCCUCUCCAUGGACAAGCGUGGACUUUUUCGUACCCCCUACCCUCCCCCCCCAAAUUGUCCACGUGGUAUAUGGAUAGUCCCUUAUUGGUUUUGUGCCAAUAUAAGACUUAACAGGAAGAUUGAAACAUGCUAAAUCUGUCCAAAAAGUGUUGAGCCAUCGCCUUCAAAAAGUUACUUUUGGGCGAUUCCAUGUGUCCAAUUGUCCAUUUACAGGCAACGACACGACCUGAAACUUCAUGAAAAAUUUCGAAGAAAAAGUGUCCGAGAAAUUUACCACCAGUUACCAGAACAUUGAGCAACCCCUCGUUAAUGGUAUGAAAUGAAUUUCUCGGGCAACACUGCCUUGAUUUUCUCAAUAUUGAUAUGCGUAUCCUAACAAUCCACAACAGGAAAGAAAACAAAACAUCAAAUUGCUCAAAGAAAUUUCUGAAACUAGAAAAUAAUUAUGAGCUUUUAGUCGGCGGAAUUAUCUGCGUUUUCCGGAAAUCCUCAACAAACUUGGUACGUUAAAUUCCAAUGUAUUACGUUUGACUGCAGAACACCCUCAAUUUCAGAGCAAUGUGAAAAAUAAUCAGUUGACGAAUUUGUUCGAAAAUUAAUUACAACCUCUGAAAUCACAAAUUCGGACUACAAACAACGAAUAUUACCAGUAACACGGUGCAGUGAACCAGCAGUUCGUAACGUCAUCUUUCACAGUCAGACUACCACACCGGCUGCAUAUCGCUAUAAACUUACAAGUACAUCAAAAACAUUCUAGUCCUGUUCAGCAGCCAACAAUAUCCGAGAUAGUUGAGCACUUGUGCACUUAAAAGACCCAUAAUAAGUAAAAUUACUACGAUAAAGUGACCACAUCAACCUUCCCCACACAUACAAAUCCUAAACGAAAUGACAGUAGUCGAUUCUUUGUUACAAAAACUGCUGCAAGCGAUGGUAGAUCGUGCUCUACGCGAUACGAUCAAAGCAAUAAAAUCAAUUUCACACUUGCUCCCUGACAUUCCUACACUCGAAUCUCCACACUCAGCACAUGAAGAUGCUUUUGGGGGAGUCUAGCGGUCCCAAGGCACGUUCAGCAGCAAAGCUAAGCUAAGUGCCAAUGACUUGACAAUAUGUAAUCCAAAAUUAGAUAAAACAGUAACAUGCUGCGAUCGGUAUUGGCAUAUCGAUGCUCCACCAAGGCGAAAUGAAUAAUAAUCACCUUUCUUUACUCGGAUCUAAACACCAAUUCAGCAUUAACUAUCACACUAAUAGUGAGCUAAAAUUCAUUUCUAUAAAAGUCUUGCAGCUAAGAGACAAUUUAUAAAACUUUCGAUUGGGAUGAUGCUAGGAAUAUUACAUUUGUUUCUAUGUCGAAUUAUCAUGUUUCUGAAACUACCCGUUUUCUUACUGAUAUCAUUUUUCGCAAAUGCGAGUACUAAUGUCCAAACCAUCCAGACAUCCCAAAAUGCACCCCUUUUUAAAGAAUUCGCCAAACCAGGCGACAAAUAUCAUCCAAUGUAUAUAUGUGAACAUAUUCAAACGUACGACUUGAACGUCGAUCCCAGAAAUUGUGGAAUCCUUCGAACUCACGCUAAAUCCGCUGCAAUGUGGUGCGUCUAAAAAUUAUGAACUCAAAUUGAGUGAAAAAAGAGCUUACAAAACACUACAAAUUUUCAAUCAUGAGCCAAAAAAAGCCAUUGGAGCAGGAAAAUGCUGGUUUCGAGUAUCGAAAAUAAUCUAGAAAAUCAGUUAAAAAAUUAAAUCUGCGAGGAAAGUAAAUGUUAAACGAGUAUUUUUUAUGAAUUACCAUGAUAAAUAAAUAAAUAAUAUAAAGUAUUAAUAUCACUGUUUUAGUUUUUCGAAUUUUUGGCGUAAUUUUGGGUUAUCAUGUAGCUACCGGCAUGCUCAACUUAGUGCUGAUGAACGUACACCAGUCUCCGUUGACCUUCAUCAUUCAAAGUAAUGAUUACAUGAUAUUGCAUUACCCUCCUUUGUAUUGGUGAAUCUGUAUGAAUGUUUUCAUACAUGUUGGAUGCUUAACAGGAUUUUGAUACCAACGACAAAUAUACCAAGCAUAUAUUUGGUGACGGUGCGCAUUAAAAUCGGUGUUAGAAACCACUGUGUUAAUUUGCUUUAGCUAUGUCCAGUUCGCUGAAUGCUGGCUCCAGGCCGGCAACUUCUUUAGAUUGCUUUUCUGUAGAUUUGCUGCUUUUCGAUGAAGCCGCUCCCGAUGAAAUCGCUCUUUAAUGUAUCUGCAUAAUCACCCAUAGCGCUAACUUUUGAACUGCCGCUUACUCAUAGUUGCUUUUGAAUCAGCAAUGUGGCCACAACAUUAUAAAAAGCAAUCAAACGUUAAAUUACUCUUUACACUACUCAAAAUAUUUAUCCGAAUUUUUUUUAACGAUUUUGUAAACAAAUAAGUUCAUACAGCGUAACCAGGGGUUGCCACGGAAGGUUGUUUGGAAAAAAUAACAGAAUAUUCAGUGUUGCAGGUUUCAUACAUUUUCCUACCAAAUGUCAUAUUUGACAGUACCAGUUACCUGAGUUACUGAGGGGUAGUCAGAUUUGCGAUACAGUUUCGGAAUGCAAGUGUCUAGUCGUGUCGUUGGCAGAACUGCAUAUUUUCUACAUCCACAGAUCGCCAUCCAAACAAAGUUUUCUGGUUGGUUGGUCCAAAUGUUGUAUACCUGGUGUACCAAACGUUUGAAUGUUGUUGUUUAAAAUAAAUUGAAACUUGAAUCGAAAUGUCGGAUUGACGUUUGAACUGGUUCAAUAGUUAUACUGUCCCUCGUUUCCUGCCGCUUUGGUGCCCUUUAAACAUCUUGGUCGAAUGGGAUACUGUGCGGUUCCGAGCUAUCUAUUGUUACCCACACGCUAAAAAGUUAUGAACAAAGGUUCUCGUGCAUAUGGAAAAUGACAAUAUGGCCAAUUGAAAAAUACAUUCCGCAAGUAAGAGAAGUAGAAUCCGUUACUCCUGAUACUAGGAUAAAUUUCUUCUCGGGUAUUAUUUUUAGUGUGGAUGCAGGUCGUACGACCUAUUCCCGCCUACUUCACUAUACUAUACUCAAACCUCACGGAACUACUAUCAAACAAACUAUGCACCCAUGAAGAGCAGAAUUCGAAUCGUGAGAAGAAUGAAUCACAACCAGUUUUCCACUCAUCCGCGGCACAUUAAUUUAAAACACAGGCUUUAAUAUCAUUAUCUGAGCCAAAAACGGUUGUCAACUUUGUGGCAACUGCUCAGGCCAUAACGUUAACUACAAACGCACCAUCAAGCACCCCAACUUCAACAGCCAACACUAUAAAUGAGUGGACGACUAAAGUAAUGUUUCCCUAUUGCGAAAGAAGCGAAAUCGAAAGCUGCGUGCUCGAGAUCCGGCGAUCAUAAUAUUUGUUUAUAUGUUUACUUACAUAUGGUAAAUAUUGCAAAUGUUUACGGGUCCGUUAAGUCAUUGCAAAGAGCGAUGCUAAAUAAACAAAUUAAAAAAAAUGCGAUUUGUCUCAUUUUUCGCUACUCUCUAAAUAUGAACCGUAUUAAGCACUGGGGUUCCAAAUUUGACGCUUCAAAAUUUAGUUUGGCGUAUUACAGUUUUUGGGCCCAAAAUUUAUUUUGAUAACUCAAAACAACUCUAGAAUUGAUUUUGCAAAUCAGGUUAAAUAUCAGAAGAAACCGUCUUUUCUGAAGAGAUAUUUUACAUUUAUGAAGACACUUUUUUUGGUAAGCUCGCUACUUUAGUUCAAGAUCCCUUGUAACUUUAAUCUUAUUUCGUUAGCGCAACUGAAAAUUUCUUGCCAGACAAAAAAAUUGGCCGAUUACGGAUUUUCGUUUGUUUGUAUUUUUCGGCGAAAUUAAAUUUAUCUCUGGCGGUAAAUAUCGGGCACUCUGGAAACUGUGGUAUUCACUGCCCCGAGACGUUUCUAACUUUGCGAUGCAAUAAUUUCGAAUUCUGGCGAUCUGCUGAAUUCAGGCAAUUGGCAUCCCUAUCUCUACAUACAAAGUUUGACAAUAGGCAACAUCGUAUUUCCACCGAUUGAUGGGAGUCAGUUUGACAACGUCAAAAUUGCUUGAAAUGUCAACCACAAACAGCAGUAGCAAUAAACAAAAGAAAACAAUGCGCACUUUCUCUGGUUUGAUGCAAACUAAAGUGCUUCUCGUUCGCAUUUAGAACAACCUACCCAAGGACGACAUGUAUCUCCAACCAAGCGAAGUGAUCAAUCCACUUGUAAGUAGGAACAUUCAUUCAUAAACCAGUCAUGAACACAUCUGUACCAACGAGAAUGGAUCAUGCCAGACGAAGGCUACAGGUUCAACACUAACUGGUUUCCAUCUCAGUAAAAAUAUACUUGAAAGCCCCAUUUAAUCAGAGAUCACUUAUUGGUUGAUAACAAGAAACAUCAGUCGUUAUCCUACUCAGACCAAGCAAUACGUAUUUUCCAUGCAUUUUAAAAUUUCCGCUAUCAGUUCCUAGCUUAUCAAACUGAACAAACAAAAUAAUUUUACUUUUUGCAGUGGCUUGUCAGUUUAGCACUACACGGGGGGAAUUUGGCCGUAUUACCCUAUUACUGAUGUUUGGAAUAUUAUUAGAUUGAUAUCUAAAAAGCACACGAUCAUAUGAAAACCAGGAUUGUCAGGUAAUUGAGUGUCACACCUCAUUCAUAGUCAUACGUAUGAAGUAUACUCAUUACAUGAUGUGAUGGCCGGAAAAGAAGACUUGUGCAUUUAAAAUUUCAAUACAACUGCAUAAAAUACAUCGGUUGUUGGCGUGGAGAUACUGGGCGCGAUUGUUGUUGAGUGAAGUUGUCAGAUCGGUAGAUAUUGGUGGCAUGGCAUAAGAUAACAGUUUGCUGUUUAUGGUUAUAGUACGCGGACUUUUCUUCGCUACUUCCGCACAAGGUUUUCCCUUGUGCAGUGAUUUUUGCUGAAUUUGCACAUAGGAACUGGGUGCAUAACCUGUGAAAUCUGAAUAACGUCCAAUUUUCUAUGAGAAUUCGAACGGCGGUCUCAGUCAAUUAUUAUCAAAAUGAAUGUUGAUUACUGCCCGACGCAAAAUAUUGUUCGACACAGUAGGUAAUAAAAUACCUACUGUGUCGAACAUGUACAAAAAUGGGAUGUAGUUAAAAUAUAUUCCUAUUUACUAUUCAGUUCCCCUAAAAAAAUCAUCGGUUUGAUAAGUGAAAAAAUAUUAAGAGUGCUAAUGGAGCUAUUGAUGGCUAAUGUUUACACCCUACAAUUUCACCAUGUUAGACAUAGCGCACUGAUUAUGUUCCAGACUGUUAAUCAAACAGAAGCGUUUGCUUAGUGAAACAAAUUAUAUCGUUGAAUAUGGCAAUAUGACAUGAGUGCCUCUGUAUAUAGGCGAUGGGAACAUCGAGGUUCGAAUACACGAAUAAAUUCCGUGUACCUCUAAUAACGUUGUUAAGGGGUUACAUACCUUCUUAUUUUUCAAAAAAUCGAAAAAUUUUUUUUUGCUUUAUUUGAAAGUAUAUCGAAAGUUACAGCGCUUCGAAGCACGCUUCGUUUACCUAGAGCAGUAGUAACUUGAAAUUUUAAACUUUAAACUUUUUUUUAAUUAUCUCAAAAUGUUAUUUUUACAAAAAUGGCUUAUCCAUGAUUACGAUUGUCAAAAAGCUACUCAACUUCAAUUUUUUUCAAUUGCUCGUAAAUAUUUUUUCUCGUACCUUAACGAUUCCAUUUUUAUGCAUAUAUUUUCAUUUUAAUGCAGUGAAGACCCGUUUUUAUCAGCCCCUUGGUGAAUUUUAGGAUGAUAAAACGGGGACAUUGAUAAAAUCGGGACAUAUAUUUUUCUUUCUUUUUAACUAGCCAAAGCUCUAAAACUAUUCUUCUUUGGUCCCUUGAUAUAGCCUCAUAACCUUUUCGAUUAUUUAGCUUAAACUUCCUUUAAGGGGAUUCAACUUGGAUCGUCUGCUAGAGCCCAUCAAACUACCAACUAUCAAUUUUCAUUCGAAGCUGAUAAAAUCGGGUUAAAAAGCUGAUAAAAUCGGGGGUAGAUAAACUCGGUAGCUGAUAAAAUCGGGUCACUGUACAAUUUCUAGUGCUCAAAACGUCGAUUUUUUGGGAAGAAACGUUCCCGUAUGCAGGAAAAAUAUUAAUUAUUCAUCUAAUCGUUAAGGAACGAGGAAUACUUCAUUACUAAUGGAACUUUUUGAGUUUUGCGAUGUUAGUUGAUCUGCUGGACUUCUAUCGUGAUCACCAUGAGCCUUCUAUCGUGAUGAUAAGAGCCAUGCUUAAAGGUCAUGCCAAUUUUCUUAUAAUGUUUAAAAUCAAACCAAAAUUUUAGGGUAGUUUUAUACAUAUAUUUACUUCAAAAAUCAAAAGACAAGUUAAUCGAAGGAGCCUUGGGUGUAAAAUUGAACGCAUUUUCACUUGAUGCCCUCCAUCAAAGUCUUUACAGUGUCAUCCGGUACCAGUUUCUCAGUUUUUUUUCCAUUUUCUUAACAUGUCCUUCUCGUCUAUGACUGUCUUCUUGCACUUCCGAAGUUCCCGCUUCAUCAUCGCCCAGUACUGCUCCACCGGGCGCAGCUCCGGACAGUUUGGCGGUCCUUUGGAACAAAAUGGACAGAAUUAGCCUCAUACCACUCCAGGACACUUUUAGAAUAGUGGCAGGAUGCCAAAUCUGGCCAAAAUAGCGGAGCUUCGUCGUGCUGCCGCAAGAACGGCAAAAGGCGCUUCUCGAGGCACUCAGAUUUGUAGAUCUCGCCAUUUACUGUGCCCUUUGUCACGAAAAGCUCACUCCUCAGUCCGCAAGAGCAGAUGGCCUGCCAAAUGAGAUAUUUGGAGGCGAACUUCGACAUUUUCUUCUUCUUAAAUUUGUCGUCCACAUAGAACAUGCUCUUGCCGGUGAAAAACUCCAACCCCGGAAUUUGCUUAAAAUCGGCUUUUAUGUACGUUUCGUCGUCCAUCACACAGCAGCCAUAUUUUGUCAGCGUCCUCUCGUAGAGCUUCCGUGCCGGAGUUUUAGCCGUCGAUUGUUGCCGCUCAUCGCGGUUUGGGAAGUUCUGUACCUUGUAUGUAUGUAGUCCAGCUCUCUUCUUUGCAUUCUGGACGUAGCUCUGCGACAUGCCGAUCUUUUUAGCCAAAUCACGGCUUGAGACGGGAUUUGCUUUAAUCAUCCGCUUCACCUUUCCCUCCGUCUUUUUGUUCUCCGGUCCCGGUUUUCUUCCAGCUCCUUUGCCGUGGUCCAACGUCAACCACUCCUGGAACCGCUUCAACACUCUGGAGACGGUUGAAUGGUGAAUGUUCAACAUUUUUCCCAACUGCCAGUGCGACAGGUCAGGAAAUUCCAGGUGUUUGGAAAGAAUUUGUUCUCUCGACUCGCGUUGGUUCACCUCCAUUUUCGUUGAAUCGAAAAACACGACUUCGAGUUUGACAGCAUGUAAACAAUACACAUCAAUGAGAAAGUGUGCAAAAUUUGGUUGAUUUUUACCCAAUGGUAAAAAAGUUAUGCCCUGUUGAAUGUGUCGCAAUAAUUUCGUGUUCGCCCUUUAAAUAAAAAGGGUUUUAGGAAAACGACCAUAACUCCAUCAAUUUCCAAUAUUUUUUCAAAAAUUCAUGCUUGUUUUUUUCGCUGAAAAAUGAAAAAACAAUAACUUUGUAGUAAUGAAUUCAUUGCCACAUACUUUUAAAAUAAAAUCAAACUUCCCUCAUUUUAUUCUCACAUAAAGGUGUGUAACCCCUUAACAGACACGUACACAUUUAACAGGCUGAAAGGUUACCCGGAUAUUCAAAAAUUGAAAAAGUCGUAACUAUGGCAAUUUUAGCCGAUUUGGAUAGCACGGAUUAACAAGUUGUAGUAAUAUGGGUCAACCACAGACUAAUAAAGACAUGGAACUCAAGAGUUUUCAAGGGGUCUAGAGGUACUAACAUUAAAUGUUGUACUAGAGGGUCCUUCGAAAUGUCGAUACGAUUCAUAUACACGAUUAUAAUCAAGACUCAAAUAAGUAGCUAUAGAAGGACCCAUCAGUAAUACCAGCCCUGGAGCCCGACGCGGCACUCGACGGCCCUCUCAAUCUCGUUAAGCUCUGGUGACGUGACUGACAAACUCUAUAGCUCUAAUCCGUUACCAUCAACCAUCUCUUAAACAAUUUAUCAAACUCGAUUUGAAAACUGAAAUUGGGCCAAAACAAUAAUUCAAUGCACGGAAUAAAAAGGCCCCGUCCUUUGAACUUUUGAACUGUUAGAAGUAGGGUUCGUCGCGGUGCGGAUGUGUGCGGUAAAUGGAUUGUCCGCACCGCAACCGCAAAAAAAUAAUAAAACCGCACCGCUUACCGCAACCGCACUUUAUUUACCGCACCGCACCGCGCGGUAAUGCGGUAGAUGCGGUAAAAUUUUUAAAUUUUUAAAAAUUGUGUUGCAAAAUUGUUCAUUUGUAUAAUGUAUAUAUAAUAAAAUGUUAUUCUUAUUUACACGAAAUUUAACUUUAAGAGACUCCUCAGAAUGUAAUGUUCAAGAAAAAAUCAACUUUUUCAUUUUCUAUUAAUAGAAUUCCGUACAUUUUAAGGCAAACAUUAUACCUUUAAAAACGUUCUACUGCAGUAAUUGGAAAACUUAUUUUAGCAACCCUUCAGUUAAUUGAAAAAAAUGGAAUAGGAAACAAAAUAUUUUUUUCUUUAAAUGUCUUAUUUUCAAUCCAUUUAUGAAAAUGAAAUGGAUCAUUUUCGCAUUUAUGUAGUAAAAACCACCUUUCAUUCUUAAAGGAAUUUCAACACAAAAAAUUUAAAGUCGAAAUACCAGUACUUCUAUAUAGUAGCGCAUAUAUUCUAAUACAGUGAAAUAAAAACAUAUUGUAUUUCAUCAAUAAGAGGGACGCCAUAUUUGACGAAAAAAAAUUACUCUAUACAUUACAUCUAAUCAGGAGUCCGGUCUCUACCGGUACAGAAUUAUUGAACAUUAGAAAAACUGCAAAAAGAUUUGUAACAUACAGCAGAAAUAUUAUUAAAAGGGGUUUUAUGGACAAAAUAUCCCAAAACUCUAAUUCCGCUUUUUCAAUGAACAUAUGUAUUCUUAUUCAGAAACUAUGAUUGCUCCCUUUAAAAAUGUAUGAAGUGUAAUUUUCUAAAGGCUAGUUCGAAAGUUCUAGCAUUUAAUGUAUUUGCCUCUAAUAUUUUCCCAAAGAGCCAAUGGCAAAAACUUCAAUUGAAGUGAACGGGAGUCAAACUAUGUGGUAUUUGGCAUCUGAGCUAACUUGCACACUUGUCACAAUAUGAGAGGGGGCUUUGAGAAUUACAAAAAAAGAUGCAAUACCCUACACUAUAAAAACACUAACUUCGAAAGCUACAAAAAAGUCUUAACUGAAAAAUAUUAGGACUUAAUUUGGUAGAAAACUAUCGUAAAUUUGAGUGGAAGUACGCGAAAAAAAGUUAUGUAGCAUACUUUUUGAGAAAGAGUCCAAUAAAAUUGACUGCAGAAAAAUUCACAUUGAAUUUACACAGCAAUCAAAGAAGAUAGAAAUACGAUGUUGAUGAACGAAUGAUAGAAUAAUCAUCCUAAUUUGGACCCCUUCUUAUUUUGGACGCUUUCAUACAUUUGUAUCCUUUACUGCCAAUUACUCCAAAUUCGUUUGAUUUGAUGAAGAUAAUUCUAUUCUUUGGGUUGUGUUUAAGUCCCAGCAAAAUUAGUUCAUCUCUAAUUCCUUUUAAUUAAUCAAAAUUCACAGUUGAAAAAUUGAUACGAUUUCAAACAGAAGUUAUACAUUUUUAAAUUGGAUUUAAGAGUACAAAUUUAUUAUUUUUAGAUGAUCCAAUAAUUUGGACUCUAUUUGGAUCUUGCAUUUUAUGUGUUUGAAAUGGUUAGUUUGUGAAGUUUUACUUAGAAGUAUAAAAUAACUAGUGUCCAAAAUAUGUCGUAAAAAUAAUAGCGUCAAAAUAUUUCGGACACAGCUAGACUUUCUUUCGUAAUAGCAGGCUGUUUAUCAAUUUAGAAUAACCAAAAUUAUUUUCAUCAAUUAUUUUUUUGCGGUGCGGUUGCGGUAAAACCGCGCGGUAAAAGCUCUUUCCCGCACCGCAUCUACGGGAAAAAGUACCUUACCGCACCGCAGAUUUUGCGGUGCGGGUGCGGUAAAUACCGCGCGGUUGCGGUAAUUACCGCAACCGCGACGAACCCUAGUUAGAAGUGAUUUCAUGAACAUUCAAGGUCAUUGUGUGAGAUGAUCCCUUUUCAAAAACACCUACGGUGGGGAUAAAUAUUUUAUCGGAUAAUUAGUUUCUGACGUGAUCAAUUGCAUGUAUAGAUUAUUUCACGUUAAUAGCCAUAUAGUUUUUAGUUUUACAUGUGGUUCAUGAUCAGUUGCUAUACUAAUCAUUUUGUUUAGUCUUAUACGAUUCGUAAUAAAGUGAUUUUAUCUCAUUCAAAAAAUCAAGCUUUGAAUAUAAUUGCUACUCAUCAGCGAAAUUUAAGGUAAUUUUAAUUUCUUUAGGAACCGAAACAAAUGACAACAAAUCCGUUUAUACAGUUAAAUAAAUCUAUAAGAGGAACUUUUUUCGAAUAAAAGAUCCCACUAGUGUUUAAUAUGCAGAAUUGCAAUUUGAAGUAAAAUGCGAGAAAUAUAGACGUUAAUGACGCUGUAAAUGAAGCAAAGUAAGUGCAGUUUAAUUAUAUGUACACCAGAGAGCUGAGAGAUGUUGUUCUUGACGUUCAAAACAAAGGGGGUUUAUAUUUUUUGAACGAUCAGGAGGCGGAAAGUGUUGCACGGAAAUAAUGAACUAGAUAAUUUGAAACAAAUUUAAGCAUAAGAGAAUAGGUUAAGUAAACAAAAUGACUUAGCAAAUAGUGAUGAACGUAGAAUUUUGAAUACAAUGUCAGUGUAAAUUUUUGAACAAAUAUAUAUAUCGACUACACACUUACUGCAUAUAGAGGAUGAAUAUUGCAAGUCAAAGCAAUGAUUAGUUUUGGUCCCAUUACGUUUCAAUUUCUGCUUACAACAUUUUGGAUAAAUACAUAUUUGUUACUUGGCGCUGUAAAUAGACCAAAAAUAUAAUAUCGCGAAUUUUAUCGUUAAGUUUUUGCGACAACAAAAAAGCAAACAGCUAGCCGAAUUCAACGAAAAUGAAAUGAAAUGUUAUUUUUUAUGUAAGCAGUCUUGUACAGAUACAGUGCAUUCAAAAACAAUUUUGAAAACUAUAGUUGGAGCAGCAAACAAUUGGGAACAAUCGUCUUCAGUCUGUCAAGUCGCACUACUACGGUUGGUAUUACUAUAUCUUAUCUAAAUGGGUGAACACUUCUUCCUUAUAACUCUUGAACCAAUCAUCUACAAUUCAUCGGGCAUGCCUAGUGAGUACAUAGAGAAGCGACAGAAUUUGCACCACAAUCACACCACCCAUUAUCGACAAGUGGGAUGAAUUGUGCCUCGAACCUACCGCAAUCCCUCUCAGCUAUAUGGACUCUGCUGAUGGGUUUUCAUAAUGGCAUAACAACCGCAUUCAAGUGCCAUGCAAGCAAAUUGGAUCCAUCGAUGAUCAAAUACAUGCACACACCCAUGCUUUCAGUGAAUAUAUUAUAACACAUUUAUUGAAUGGAGUGUGAAAUUAUGCACAAGAAAGUGUGACUGAUCUGCCCAUCCGAAACACUCUUGAAUGGGUCGUUUUUGAAUUGCCUUCAAGUAUUUAUUUUCCAUUCGCCAGGUUCUCUGAUUAAGGUUUGAGGAACUACCCGGGGGGUUGCUUCUAGCUCAUUUUUACAACAUUUUUCACUGGAACUGGAAGCUAAACUUAACAAGCUCAUCUCAGUUUAUCGAUGACGAUAAAAUCUAGUGUUUUCCCCAUUUAGACAUAUGUGAUAAAUUUUUUUGGCAGACGGGACGUUAAAAGACGGAUACAUCCCUCCGACUCUCCACAAAUUAUGAUCGACGAUGGUAGCAUUGUAGCGCAGAGGAAAAGUGACAAACUGAACGCUAAUCUCCAAUAGACGCAAUAAUGUUUUAAAAAGCAGUGUAAGCAGUUUACCAACAACAAAUAUUCAAUAUAACCCGAACGCUACUACACCCGCACACACACACACACACUCAGCACAUAAUAAAACUGUGGUGCAACGUAAAGCGCAUUAAACCAUUAAACUGUGUAUGUAUAUAAUUGAACGAUUCAAAGUAACAAAAUUGUAAAUAAACCGUGUAAUAAAUUAAUUGGAGAUAAAUAUAUAUAGGACUUCAGUUGACUAAU